CCAACAUCAGCCUCCGCUCCCCAACCAACUCAAAUCCCCGCAACCUCCCUAAAAGACUCUGGCAAGACGCGCCGCCCCCGCGACGUCCGUCUAAUCCACAUGCUCCUCGCCUCCCUCGGCGUAACAGCCUACCAAGAACGCGUCCCCCUUCAACUCCUCGACUUCGCCUACCGCUACACCUCCAACGUCCUAACUGACGCCGUGCAUCUCGCGACGGAGGGGUAUGCGGCUGCAGCUGGUGAAUCAGGGACGAGUAGUGGCCGUGGCGGCGGCAGCGGGGGUGGAGGUGGUGGAGGAGCGCACGAUGUGAACACGGUUAGUUUGUCGGCGAUGCGGCUGAGUAUUGCGUCGAGGUUGCAUUAUCAGUUUCAGACGGGGCUGCCGAAGGAGUUUCUUAUGGAUGUUGCGACGGAGAGGAAUCGGGUUGCGUUGCCCGGGGCUUCGAGGGGGUUUGAUAAUGCGGGUAAUGCGAAUCGGGCGCCGCAGGCGCAUCAGGGAUUGGUGAUGGGGGGGAUGAGGUUGCCGCCGGAGAGGUUUUGUUUGACGGGGGUUGGGUGGGACAUGAAGGAGGAGUGGGAGAGUGAGGGUGAGGAGGAGAUCCAGGAGCCAGUGGAUGGAGAGGGAGAAGGGGAGGGGGAUGAUGAAGGGAAUGGCGAUGAUGAUGAUGAUGAGGAUGGGAAGAUGGAGGAUAUUUUCGGAGAGGAUACUGCUAUGGGCGAGGGAGAGGGGGAUGAAGAUGGAGACAAGGCAAUGGCGGAUGUCUGA